UGUUCAAAACAACCGAAACACAACCAGUCUGAAGAAACGAAAGAGAAACUAAAUGCUUGCAUGGCGGUUUUAGAAACGUUGGAUGACUGUCCCGAGGACGAGAAAAUACAUUAUGUUUUGGAUUUUUAGCGGUCUUAUCCUAGCACUUUUACGCUUAGGUGUAAAUGGCUCACAGUCUCUUUAUGAUGUUCAGUGGCUUCCUUGUCCAUUUGUGGAUGAGACAGUUAAUAUAAAUGAAGACGGCCACACAGAAACCAAGUAUAUCAACAGAGAGGCUGUGCUUCAAUUUGGUAAUGUCGGUGACAAGCCUUUACACCCUACCAUUACCUUUCUUGUCACAGCAUCUAAAGUGGAUAUGAGGCGCUAUUUGGAGGGAAGUGAGGAUACACUCAACUGUGAGAUCCGAAGAUACAGCACUGGAGGGAUUGUAAUGCGCUGGCCUACUGCAGGAGCGCAAGAUCAUGACGUCUGGUUCACCUGUACAAUACGCCAUACACAAGGCUUGUUCGUUAUCACCACCUUCCUUAGACACACAACUGCGGCUCCUGCCCAAGGAGAGGUUGACUUUCUACAGUGGAAAAUAGUCAAUGAUAGGGAUCUCCUGACAACUUCAGCUGCGAUGGUUGUUUUGACCCGGACUCCCUCCGUGGAGGUGGGAUUCUUGAAGGAGCCAAACAUGCACUGUCAGUUUGCUGUGGAUCAUAAACUGCCUAAUGCAACGGUGGAGUGGAGACUGCAGAAGCACGGGGAGCGCAGCAAGCUCUUCAGCUACUCCAGCCGCACAGGGAAGAGUGAAGGCAGCGGAGUGACUGUCAAGACCAUCGCCGCUGGAAACGCCUCCUAUAAGCUUCCACCCACCAAAAAACACAGCGAGGGCACAUAUAUAUGCUCUGUUAUGGUUCCUCCUCUCUAUGGCAGCCAUGAUAUUCCCCUUACCCUAAGUGAACAACCCCGCGUGUCUAUAAACGUGGGCUCCACCUUGUCUAUGACACUUGGUAAGGACCAGAAGCUGAUAUGUGAUGCAGAGGGGUACUAUCCCCUGGACGUAAACAUUGAAUGGUACCGUGAAGUGUCUGGGGGCAGCCCUACGCCUUCAUUCCUGAAGAAUAUUCUGUAUUCCAGUCAUCGACUUCAUCAAGAUGGCACAUACUCGCUCUCAGCCUUCUUCUAUCUGCAGCCUAGCCUGGAGGACUCUGGAUAUAAGUACACCUGCAGAGUAUCCCAUAAGUCCUUGCUCAUUCCCAUCCGCAAGAGCUUUUAUCUCAUAGUUACAGAACCUGACUCUACCAUUUGGUAUAUCGCAGUCAUUGGAUUCAUAAUUGCCAUGCUAGUAAUUCUUUGUUAUAUGUUGCCUCAGUAUCUUGCAGGUAGAAAAGCAGCAAAAAAGAGGUUUUGAGAGCUCAUGCCUGAGGAUUUGAAGUACAGCAUGAUGGAAACCGACAACACUUCCCUCCCUUGGUGUCUCUUUCUCCCCUCAUCCCUGCCGUUUCCCUCUGCUGCUGCUACAUUCGCAAAGAUCAGGUGCUCUUCAUGAGAAAAUGGGGAGUGCAUUGUGUGAAUUGUAAUUCCAGAUCUUAUGGUUUAUGCCCUUGUUUAAUAUGGCUGAUAAGGCACUGUGGGUUUCUGGGUAGUUUUUGCCAUAUAUAAAUAUUAAUGUCAAUUUGGCAUGAUUUUAAUGAAUGCAAAGUGCACUACUGACGUUGAUCAUUUUGAUUUAUAAAUUAUGAAAUAAUCAAAUAUUGUAAAAUAUGUUGGGAGAGAUUAAAUUUGUAUUUUUUUUUUUGCAAUGUAGUUGCAAAAAAAUUAAUAAUGCUUGGAACAAUGUAUAUGAACUUGAAUUUUAAUUUAGUAAAAAUUGUAGGAUUUAAAAUAAAAUCAUUGUGAGUUUUCUGUU